AUGGCUCCCUCCGUCGCUGAACUCCCUCAACAAACUCCUGCCAACGCUGUCGAAAGCGCAAAGGCCGCUGCCAACAACGGCGUGCGCCUCGACUUGAGCGCCAAGUUCGCUCCCCACAGCGACCCAGAGGAGAAGCUCCCAAUUGUUGAGCCUUUCAACCACGUCGACCCUGGCUCCCGCGCGGACAAGAACCUCCCCAACCUCCUCAACCCGAACACCAAAGUCCGACAUCUCUCGCCGUACAUCGGUACCGAGUUGUCUGGUGUUCAGCUUUCUCAGUUGAGCAAAGAGGGAUUGGACGAACUCGCGUUGUUGGCUGCGCAGCGCAAGGUCUUGAUCUUAAGAGACCAAGACUUCCAGGAUUUGCCUGCCGAGAAGCUGAUUGAGCUUACAAGUCACUUCGGCCCCAUUCACUCGCAUCCAACUGCACCUAACGUGAAGGGCUUCACCGAGUUCGUCAACAGAUCGUCUGACGACAGGAACCCAGUUCUCAGAGAACCAGGGUACACCUCAAAGUACUUCGCCUCGCGUACGGCAAGCAGCACGAACUACGUCUACUGGCACUCGGACGUCUCCUACGAGAGGCAACCCCCCAGCACCACAUUCUUCUGGCUCUUGGACAAGCCCGACGUCGGUGGUGAUACCCUGUUCCUCUCCACUGUCGAGGCCUACAAUCGCCUCUCUCCUGAAUUCAAGAAACGCCUUGAAGGGCUCACUGCUCUCCACUCCGGCGUAGCCCAGGCCGACGAGUCUCGCAAGUAUGGCGGUGUAGUCCGUCGCGACCCCGUCGAGUCCAUCCAUCCCGUCGUCCGUGUCCACCCUGUGACCGGAGAGAAGGCUCUAUUCGUUAACCCAGAGUUUACCCGCCAUAUCGUUGGAUUCAAGAAAGAGGAGUCAGAUGCGCUGCUCAAAUUCCUGUACGACCAUAUUGCCAAAGGCGCAGACUUCCAGGUUCGAGCGAAUUAUUUGCCUGGGACGGUGGUUAUUUGGGAUAACCGUGUUACGAACCAUUCUGCGGUACCCGACUUUGGAACUGAUAAGGGAAGGCAUGCUUUGAGGUUGACUCCUCAGGGCGAGGUGCCCAUCCCAGCCACUGCUUGA